UAUGGGCCAAAGGGGGCCAGACUCAGCAGCCAGUCAGAAAGGCUACUUUGUCGCUAAAUCUAGUGAGUAGGAGGGUCACACAACAGGCCUUGUAUAUAUGGCCGUAAAAAAUCACUUUGCCCCUCAUAAGAGUAAACACAGACAGUGGUUAUAUUUGUCCGUCCACUCGAGAUACACAACAACAAGAAUUAAAUAGCAGUCUUGGUCUGGGCGAAUUUGAGACAAGUUUUUGUCCUCUCCAAUGUAAGGAAGGAGGGAGCAGUGGCCCUACAGAACACCCAGCGGAGAGAGAGAGAGAGAGAGAGAGAGAGAGAGAGAGAGAGAGAGAGAGAGAGAGAGAGAGAGAGAGAGAGCUGAAUGGAAUGUCUCUGAUUCUCAAUGUUCCGUCUCAGAACACAUGGAACUUCUAUCGUAAGCACAGCUCUGUAACAGGGAAUCACUCACUAACAGAAGGAUGACCUGCCACUCAUUGAGCUCCUUUGUGCGGAGCCUGUCCAGGAGAAAACCUCUGGAGCCUGAGGGAGAGGAGUCCACUUUCAACCGCUGUCUCACCACUCUGGACCUGGUGGCCCUGGGGGUGGGGAGUACCCUGGGGGCAGGGGUCUACGUUCUCUCUGGAGAGGUUGCUAGGACGUCGUCAGGUCCCAGCAUCAUCAUAUCCUUCUUCAUCGCUGCCGUGGCCUCAAUCUUUGCCGGCUUGUGCUAUGCUGAGUUCGGGGCCCGCGUCCCCAAAACGGGGUCUGCGUAUCUGUACAGCUAUGUGACGGUGGGAGAGCUACUGGCGUUUAUUACCGGAUGGAAUCUGUUGCUGUCCUACGUCAUAGGGACGUCUAGUGUGGCGAGGGCUUGGAGCGGAACCUUUGAUGACCUCAUCGGCAACGUCAUGGGGAAUUUCUUCAAAGAAAACCUUUACAUGGGCUUCCCGGGCCUCGCAGAAUACCCAGACUUCUUUGCUGCUGGGCUCAUUAUGCUCCUGGCAGGUCUGCUGGCCUUUGGUGUCCAGGAAUCGGCAAUAGUCAACAAGAUCUUCACGGCCGUCAACAUCCUGGUGCUUCUGUUUGUCAUUGUAGCGGGCGUUGUCAAGGGAGACGUCGGUAACUGGCAGAUCAGUCAGGAGGAGCUCAUCAACGCGACAGCGGAAUUACAAAACCUAACCUCUCCAGUCAACGUGACCAGUAUCUAUUAUCUACGCGGUUUUGACGGGACAAUCUCUGGAGCCGUAGGCUUCGACUGCAUCGCCACAACAAGUGAGGAGGUGAAGAACCCUCAGAAGUCCAUCCCGCUGGGCAUCGUGGCGUCUCUCCUCAUUUGUUUCCUGGCCUACUUCGCCGUGUCGGCAGCCCUCACUCUGAUGAUGCCCUACUACAUGCUGAAUGUUAACAGCCCGCUGCCCGUGGCCUUCAUGCACAUCGGCUGGGGGCCCGCCAAGUAUGUGGUGGCUGUCGGCUCGCUCUGCGCCCUCUCCACCAGUCUGUUGGGUUCCAUGUUCCCUAUGCCCCGCGUGCUGUUUGCUAUGGCCAGAGACGGCCUCCUCUUCAAGCCCCUCAGCAAGGUCAGCGCCAGACAAAGUCCUGUCAUCGCUACCCUCUCCUCCGGGGUCGUAGCAGCGAUAAUGGCCCUGGUGUUUGACCUGAAAGCUUUGGUUGAUAUGAUGUCAAUUGGGACACUCUUUGCCUAUACACUUGUGGCCAUAUGCAUUCUUAUACUUAGGUACCAAGAGACCCAAUCAGAAAACUCAGAUCUCCAGAUCAUUGAAUCAAGCACCAGGUUUGGUUGUCUCAAACCACCAUCAUUUCCAACAUCGGGCACCUCGAAAACAGUCACAAGUUUGACUGUCUUUUCUGUGGUGUGUGUAUGCGGUCUGUGCGUCCUGCUGACCCAGGCGAUAGAUGCUAUACAGCGGCAGGAGAUCUGGAGCAUGGUGUGUGUGUCCAUAGUAGCCUUCAUCCUCCUGGUCCUCGUCAUCGUCAUCUGGAGGCAUCCACAGAACCAAGCCAAGGCUGCUUUCAUGGUGCCCUUCCUGCCCGUGCUGCCGGUAGUCAGUGUGUUCGUCAACGUCUACCUGAUGGUGCAGUUAGGAGGAGACACCUGGAUGAGAUACGCCAUCUGGAUGGCCGUAGGGUUCCUCAUCUACUUUGGUUAUGGGAUCCGUAACAGCGUUCAGAAGCAGAGGAACCAAACCCGCCAGGUGGAGAUUGAGACCAUCAGCGGUGUGACAAAGAAGGAGGCCUACAAAGAAGACAGAUUCUGAGGCUGAAUGGGAAGGACAACACAGGAGUGGAGAGAAUAGGAGAGGAGAAGAGAGGACAUAGGAGCGAGAGACAGGACAGGACAGGAGCUGACAGGACAGGACAGGAGCUGAAAGGACAGGACAGGAGCUGACAGGACAGGACGGGAGCUGACAGGACAGGACAGGACGGGAGCUGACAGGACAGGACAGGAGCUGACAGGACAGGACAGGACAGGACGGGAGCUGACAGGACGGGAGCUGACACGACAGGAUAGGACGGGAGCUGACAGGACAGGACUGGAGCUGACAGGACAGGACUGCAGCUGACAGGACAGGACAGGACUGGAGCUGACAGGACAGGACAGGACGGGAGCUGACAGGACGGGAGCUGACACGACAGGAUAGGACGGGAGCUGACAGGACAGGACUGGAGCUGACAGGACAGGACUGCAGCUGACAGGACAGGACAGGACUGGAGCUGACAGGACAGGACAGGACUGCAGCUGACAGGACAGGACAGGACUGGAGCUGACAGGACAGGACAGGAGCUGGCAGGACAGAGAAGGUCUGGAGAGAGAGAUAUUUACUGUCACUUUUUAUUGUUUAUUUCACUUUUGUUUAUCCAUUUCACUUGCUUUGGCAAUGUAAACAUACUGUAUGUUUCCCCAUGCCAAUAAAGCCCCUUGAAUUGAAUAGAGAGAGUUAGAGAGAGAGAGAGAGAGAGAGAUGUUCUGAUGCUACAUUGUGUAUUUAAGAGAAUUCCUGUCUACAGUAAAACUAAAGGCUGGUUUAUACUGUCUGUACACUAGAAUUCAACAAGUGUAGUUGGUCCAAACAACAUUUCAUUUAUAACCAUUAUGUCUGUACAUAAUUUCCAUCAUUUACAAACAUCCAAAUAAUGUAUUUUAUAAGGAGACAUCGUGGUGGUUUCUCAUUGUUUUUGUCAUACAGUAUUCAUAUAGACAAGAUUUGGUUAUGGUGGUUUAGAGGUCGCGAGGUCAUCUACCUCUGCAUCUGUUGCUGUUGUAAGAGUUGAAAACGUGGCGAUGACCUCACUAUCUCUCUGUGCAUUUAGUCCGAGGCCAAUAGGAAACAUCGUCUGAACAACAAUGUCAACUAUUGUAACAAGCUCUAACAAACGCAUCAGAUGUAACACAUUCCCAUGACAACAGGAUGAGGGAAAAGAGUGUUUUGCUGAGCAGGAAAAGCAGUUUGCCGAAAGCAAGAACGACUUCCUCCACACUCCAGGCGUAUUCGUGUGCUUGCUGACCGAGUUGUUUGAGAAAAAAAGUCACCUUGAUAACUAUUUAUACAUUUUGAGCUAUGACCACAUAAAACACAACGCAUUUAUAGAGAUUUACAAUGUGAGAUUUUUCAGAAUAGUCCUGCUCUUCAACUGUUUAUGCUUGUCAUCAAAAACAGCAAGGGACCUUCAUCAAAAAAAGUUAUUCAACUUUUUUUAACUAGGAAAGUCAGUUAAGAACAACUUCUUACUUUCAAUGAUGGCCUAGGAACAGUGGGUUAACUGCCUGUUCAGGAGUAGAACAACAUAUUUGUACCUUGUCAGCUCAGGGGUUUGAACUUACAACCUUCCAGGUUGCUGCUCCAAUGCUAUAACCACUAGGCUACCCUGCCACCCCUCUGUUUUUAACUUAUUCUACUACCAUAAAAAUUAAUAGUGGUCAGUUGAAGCACACACAACAAUGUUUUCUUCAGGAAAAUUGCCCUAUUUAUAUAGAGUAUGUUGGAGUCCAUUCAACCAGUUGGAGUUGGAGUCCAUUCAACCAGUUGGAGUUGGAGUCCAUUCAACCAGUUGGAGUUGGAGUCCAUUCAACCAGUUGGAGUUGGAGUCCAUUAAACCAGUUGGAGUUGGAGUCCAUUCAACCAGUUGGAGUUGGAGUCCAUUCAACCAGUUGGAGUUGGAGUCCAUUCAACCAGUUGGAGUUGGAGUCCAUUCAAUCAGUUGGAGUUGGAGUCCAUUCAACCAGUUGGAGUUGGAGUCCAUUCAACCAGUUGGAGUCCAUUCAAUCAGUUGGAGUUGGAGUCCAUUCAAUCAGUUGGAGUUGGAGUCCAUUCAACCACUUGGAGUUGAGCUUUCUGUUUCUUCUUCUCACCUGUGAACUAACAUGUGACUGACGGUGUGACUGUGACUGACGGUGUGACUGUGACUGAUGGUGUGACUGUGACUGAUGGUGUGACUGUGACUGACGGUGUGACUGUGACUGACAGUGUGACUGUGACUGACAGUGUGACUGUGACUGACGGUGUGACUGUGACUGACGGUGUGACUGUGACUGACGGUGUGACUGACGGUGGGACUGUGACUGACGGUGUGACUGACGGUGUGUGACUGACGGUGUGUGACUGACGGUGUGACUGUGACUGACGGUGUGUGAUUGACGGUGUGACUGACGGUGUGACUGUGACUGACGGUGUGUGACUGACGGUGUGACUGUGACUGACGGUGUGUGACUGAUGGUGUGACUGUGACUGAUGGUGUGACUGUGACUGACGGUGUGACUGUGACUGAAGGUGUGACUGUGACUGACGGUGUGUGACUGACGGUGUGUGACUGACGGUGUGACUGUGGCUGACGGUGUGACUGUGACUGACGGUGUGACUGUGAUUGACGGUGUGUGACUGACGGUGUGUGACUGACGGUGUGACUGUGACUGACGGUGUGUGAUUGACGGUGUGACUGACGGUGUGACUGUGACUGACGGUGUGUGACUGAUGGUGUGACUGUGACUGACGGUGUGACUGUGACUGACGGUGUGACUGAGACUGAUGGUGUGACUGUGACUGACGGUGUGUGACUGACGGAGUGUGACUGACGGUGUGACUGUGACUGACGGUGUGACUGUGACUGACGGUGUGACUGACUGUGUGACUGUGACUGACGGUGUGUGAUUGACGGUGUGACUGACGGUGUGACUGUGACUGAUGGUGUGUGAUUGACGGUGUGACUGACGGUGUGACUGUGAUUGUGACUGACGGUGUGACUGACGGUGUGUUAAAGUUCACAUACUCACUGCUUUACCCUACUUGUCAUUGUCCUGGCAAUAAUAGAUGAAGCAAGUGAGUUUUAAAUCAGAGAAAGAUUUCUUUCUCCAUUUCUUAGGAUUCAGUUUUUAUACAUGUAUUAUAAUGUUAACAGGUGUACAUAUAGAAUGUCCAAAUGAUGAAAAAUCGUAUUUUGAAUUAAAAUAAAUGUCUAGUACAUAGCUUAUUUUAAGAUUGUAACAAGAUAUUCUAUUGUUUCAUAAUGUAAAUAGAAGAAUGUAUACAGUGACAUAAUGCAAAUGUCUCCCAAAU